AUGACAUCUGAACACAAACUGCUUCAUCUGAAACUGCGAGAGGCAUCCUCACCAGCAAACAAGCCUGAAGCUCACCGAGUUGCCGAAAUGGGGUCAAUCGAAAGGACAGCACCGCUGUCAUUGCCUAGGCGCACACAUGUGCUCUCACGCACAACCAAUGAGACAAAGAUCCAAGUCUCACUAUCACUUGACGGAGGUUCCCUCCUCGCCUACGAACCAUCAGAGCAUUUUCCGUCCUCAGUACCUACGGCACAGAAGCAGUCCCAUCCAGAUGUACUUUUCCCUUUGCCCAGCUCACACCAUGCUACCCAGAUUAGUCCUACGCAGCAGAUUGCCAUCUCCACUGGGAUCGGUUUCUUGGACCAUAUGCUUCACGCCCUCGCAAAGCAUGCCGGUUGGUCCUUAGCUAUAAGAGCAUCGGGCGACCUGGUCAUAGACGAUCACCACACAGCUGAAGAUGUCUUCCUGGCAGUCGGAUCUGCAUUCAAUGCUGCUUUGGGCAAACGCACAUCUCUUGUACGCUUUGGUCGUGGAGACGCGCCACUCGAUGAAGCUUUGUCUUGGGCUGUGAUCGACUUAUCAAAUCGACCCUACAGUGUGAUUGAUUUCGGGUUCACCAGAGAAAAGAUUGGCGACCUCAGCACGGAAAUGCUCACUCACGGGCUCGAGAGCUUUGCUCAGGCUGCCAGUGUGACGCUGCAUGUCAAAUGUGUCUACGGACACAACAACCAUCAUAGGGCCGAGAGUGCUUUCAAAGCCCUUGCUGUGGCAUGCAGACAGGCUUGCGAGAGAAGAGCUGAAGGCACUGUCGGCAGCGGAGACGUGACGAGUACGAAGGGAGUGCUCGGGUCGAGUGUCAAUGGCUGAGGAGGACAUCUCUCCCUUUGACAUUCAUCAUGGAUUUAGUCUUGUGAAAUAAGCGAUCUUCGGAUCGGAUUGGACCUCUGUCUGCUGUAAUGUCUCGACUCGCUUGGUGGUGGCAGGGCACUGGGCUGAUACCCCGACAAAAGAAGUACGCUUAUACAAUAAUAACAUAAAGCCCAAUGCCGG